GUGCGUGCUUGUGCGAAGUUGCGAGACGUGCCGUGCCAGACAGGUAGCUAUAGAGAUCACCAUGAACCUCAGGAUGUUCGCCGUAGCCGCGACCAUGCUGCUGGCCCUGGCCGCGUCGGUUCCGGCGCCGGUGUCCGGGCAGGCGGUUGUGACGUCGUGCGCGGCGUCGCUGGUGACCAGCUUCACGCCGUGCCUCGGCUACAUCACCGGCAGCACCAACGGUGGAGGAUCGUCGCCGACGGCGGACUGCUGCCAGUCCCUGGCGGCGGUUGUCAGCGCCAGCACGAGCUGCGCGUGCCUCAUCCUCACCGGCAACGUGCCGUUCGGCCUGCCGAUCAACCGGACACUCGCCCUCACGCUGCCCAAGGCCUGCAACUCCAUGUCCGUCCCGCUUCAGUGCAAAGAUACGUCGGCUCAACUCCCAGCUCCAGGUCCUGUCGCAGUCUCUCCAGCGAUGCCCCCGCUACCGCCAAUGGCACCGGAGUUACCGGCGCCGACAGCAGAGCCCACCGUGACGCCGGCGCCGAGCAGUCAGACCCAGGGGCAGACGAGGCCGCAGGUGGUGCCCAGCUCUGCCUGGAGGUCCAGUGCGGGCGUAUCCGUGCUGCUUGCCGUCGUUGGAACCAUGCUGGGUUGA